UUUAAAGUACACUAUCGUGGUUAUUUCCCAUUUUUCACUUUAAACUUCAUUUUGUUAAGUUCGAGUUUGUAAGGAAAUGGAAGACACCGCCGAGAACUCUUCGCAAUUGCCGGCAUACACGGCUCUGAAAUGGGGGGAUUUUGUAGCUAAUCCUCAUUUAUUGUACAACUUGUGUCCAGGGCCUUCGAAUCACAGAGAGGACAAUUGGAUAAACCUAUCGUAUUCAAGGGAUUAUUUUUUGGAGUUUAAAGUGAACAAUAUAGAGGAACUAGAGCGCCUCAGGGAUGAAAUGUUGACAAAGCCCAUCUUGUUCCAUGUGAAACUGGAGCACCAUAAGACUGAGCACUACCUAGUGGUGAGAGUCCACAAGACUUGGAAAGCUGAAUAUGCAGUCCUUGUGAACACCAGGCAUCCAAAGAUCCGAGAAGUACUGACCCACAAGUUGUUGCAGAUCACUCAGCACAUGCAAGAGGGCAAAAAGUUCUGUCUGCAGCUAGACUUCGGUCCGUCAAUGCGGCAGUGGUUCAGCGGGGCCGUGGAUAAGGAACCCGAUCUUUGUUACGAUAGGCGGACCAGCGACUCGGAAGACAUGAAAAUCGCGAUUCACAACUACUCGGCCCCUUGGGACUGCUGCAUGAACCCACUGUAUAUUGUGGGUUGCUUCCCUCUCUGGCUUCUUUUCGGGGGAUCAUGCUAUUGUAUUCACAGAACUAGGAAAUGUAUCGACGAUUCCCACGAAUUUCGGAAUCUACCUGUUGUCCUUAUUACAGGGGUGAGUUUAAGGGUUACCGUGCGGCAAAACAUGCCACCACCGAGACCCCCACAGUACUCCAACCCCCAGGAACCACCAAGCUACCAACCUAGGGAAGGGCCAGGGGACUAUGACCCCACUCCGCCCCCACCUUACCCUGGCAACAAUUGUUAGACGACUGUAAAACAAGAAGAACAGGGUUUUGUGUGGUGGCGUUUUAUACAUAUAUUUGAUAUGAUUUGUUAGAUGUUUGUUCAAUAAGAGAGUCAGGCUUGUUUAGGAUGAUGUUGACCAAGGGCAGAUCUGAUGGUUAAUUUGUUGACUGUUCAGCUUCCUUAAUUAAAAUGAAAUUAACUAGGACUUUCAUUUAGAAUUUCGGCAACUAAACACAUUUUUAUACCCCCCGCAAAAAAAGUUUGGGGUGGUAUAUAGGAAUCACCUUGUCCGUCCGUCCGUCCGUCCGUCCGUCUGUCUGUAUGUUCGUCCGUCCGUCUGUCUGUGCAACCGUGUCCGGUCCAUAUCUUUUUUAUGGAGAAACAUUGGAAGUUCUUACUUCACACAAAGAUUUCUUAUGACCUAAGGGUGUGUCAUCACCUUGACCCAAGGUCAUUCGGGCAGGGUCAAGGUCACUGGCAGAAAAAAUGCAAAAUAAUAGUCCGGUCCAUAUCUUUCUUAUGGAGAAACAUUGGAAGUUCUUACUUCACACAAAGAUUGCUUAUGACCUAAGAAUGUGUCAUGACCUUAACCCAAGGUGUAUUGAGGAAGUUCAAGGUCAUUGUUUCAAAAAUACUAAAUUCUUUCUGUUUCAUGUCUUGUUUUAAUGGAAAUAUUAGAAGCUAAAAUUUGACACAAAGUUUUCUCAUCUCAGGCCACAUAAAAUUAUUUUUAGAUUCUCAUCCCCUUCUCUCUGAAAAUGGCCUGCCCCGAUGAAAUUUUUCUUUUGGAAAAAAAUGUGUGGAAAAAAAAAUCGGAAAAAAUCGGGCUCAGUAUACCAAUAAUUCAAAAUGUUUAAAUAUUAAAUGGCUGCUUGACUGUUGACAUGUGGCUUUCGUUUGAUUCGAGUCAUGGUUGUUAACGGAAGGAUCAAAAUGUCCUCAUGCAUUAACAGUUGAUUUAAAAUAAAAUGGAAUUAAAGGAUAGAAAUUGGUUUGUUUACCCCUAUAAGCAUUAACAGUUUAAUAAAAUAGAGCAGUUGUUAUUGAUACAAAAUGGACAGUGAAAUAAAAUUCAUCUAAUAUUUUCUAUAAUAGCAAAAAUACACGCGUUAUGAUGUUUUUCUUAGCGGGGGUAUCAAUUGUGAGCUUGCUCACAGUACCUCUAGUUUUUUUUAUACAUUAUAUAUAUUAAACUUAAUAAAAUGUGAUAUUAAUAUUUUAAUUCUAUUUCGAGACGGAUUAACAUUUGACAGUUGUAGUGCUUUGUUACUUUUAUUUUAACUUUUGGUAUCAUUACAUGAUGCUUGUAUUUACAAAUAUCUAUCAAAUGAAUGCUAUAAUUUUCUUUCUGAUAUAUAGUAUAUGUAAUCAUUUUGGAUAUUUUAUUUGAUGAAAUGAAAUAUAUCGGAAAGGACACUAUGUUGGCCCUAUCAAGUUAAGCUGUAUACAAAGCGUUCAUUCCUCAUUGCUCUGAUCAAAGGUCUUUGGUUUUGUUUCAUAGUUACUGUAUACUUUAUAUCCAGUUAUUUUUGCGUGUCCCUAAAAUUUGCAAAAAUCAAUGGGUAUAAUCUGUAAUUGGUUAAUAAUUGCAUGUGACUGAUAUUGAAUAUCUUGCAAUGCUUGUUAAAGUGAUUGCGAGAAACGCGAAAAAUUAUAUAAUCGCGAAAAUAAUACACGGUAAUGUGCAACGAUCAUGUGACUGUGUAUAUUAAACAUUUACAAUGUACAUACAGUUUGAUGACGUUACGAAUGCAUGUAUACUAUAGUAGUACUCGUUCUUUGUUAUAAUAACAUGUAUGUAACUAAAUGUAUCAUAUAUGUCUGAGUAAGCAUUGUAUGAUUAUUUGAUUUUUUGGUCGCUGUCAAACAAAGAAUUACUGCGUUUUGCAAUUGACUUGCAAUUGUGGGUGAUGUUAUUGGUUGUUAUUUUCUGCGCUGUCUUUUUGCUUGGUUGUGGUCGUAGAACGAUAUUUUUUGUAAGAAUAUCUGGAAAAGUUCAUUUAAUCAUAUUAUAACUUAUUAGGUUAGUUACUGACUCACUACGGAAAUAUAUUGGGUUGAUCAAUCUCAUAGAUGGCGAGGCGAAGCCGAGCCGUCUAUGAGAUUGAUCAACCCAAUAUAUUUCCGUAGUGAGUCAGUAACUAACCUAAUAAGUGUUUUGUUUUCCCGAGGACUAUCAAGCGACAUAUUUAUUCACAAAUACGUAAAGCUAUGUAUACUGGUAUACAAGAUGCCUAACAUCUCGUCCAAUUUAACUCAUUUAAACUCUUCAAAAUUUUCAAUCUCACCUUUCAAAUAUUCUUUAAAAAUCCUUGCUUCACCCAUGUUUACUUACAAUGUUUUGUUGCUAUUCAGUUUUAAAUGUUUUCUCCCUUUCCUCUGCAGAGAUUUGAGCAAAUUUCGGCGCUGCCAUUUUGUUCUGCUCCAGACAAAACAAUGUGACGUCAAUAUUCUAAGGGCAACUACUCUAAUUUUAAAGAAUUUCAAAGGGCAACUACUCCAAAUACUUUAAGAACUUACGGCAUGCGGUUUAUGUAUUAAAUACUAUGAAAUGUCGAAAUGAGUAAGCGAAGCGUCGACCAAUGACGGCCAUAUUGCCUAAUAUUAUUUCUCACAGAACAAAUAUAGAGAUAUAUGAGGCAAUCACGUGCUACGUUUAAACCAAUGAAAAUGUGACAUUUCAGUCCAAGGGAAAACAAAUAUGCAUAAACAUACAUAUUUAAAUGUACGCAUGCAAUUUGUUGUGAAGAUGUAUUUGCCUACAUUGCCAGUAGAAAACUUUUAUUUAAUAAUACCAGCUAGUCCUCAUGCAGAGAGUGCAGUUAAGAAAUGUCUUUAUUACUCAGAUUCGUAUAUCAAUAAAAAAAUAUAUACAGUUAUACAGUGAUAUACUAAUACAAGGUCAUUAAUCACACACCUACUUGUACAUGUAUCAUAUGCAAUAAAACUUGCAAUAAUCUGGUUUAGGCUUGUGCACAUCAGGGUUUACAGUGCAAUGUCAUGUGUCAUGGUGUGACAUUCAGUCUUUCGGACUAUUUUUAAUUAUUGUGUAAAUUAACUUUUUCGGACUUUGUGUUAAUUGUUACAAAAACUUUUCAUCUAUUUCGACAACUGUUUUAUAAACGUUAUAAAUUCUGCGCAGCAUUAAUCCCACCUGAGGCACAAUCAGUGAUGGAUAGCUAAUCUUUUAAUUGACUUCUGUUUAUGUUUAUUGACACUUCAUCUUUCAACUUCUAAAUCCAUUUAUGUAAAAUGCCAUGAUUUACUCGAUCAAGCUGUUUGAUAACUAAGCUUACAUCUGUACUUAUAAUGUUAAUCCUUCAUUGUGUUGUUCCAUUGUUCAUUAUAUAUCAUUCUGAAUUGUAAGUUAUAGUCAGUUGGAAUCAGACCUUCGGUGCUGAUGCAUACCAAACUCACGUAAAAGUAUAUUUCAUGUAUAUAUAAAAAAAAGUCUGAAAACUAAAUCGCGUGUUGGCUUGUUGGAGGUUUUAUGAGGCUGGGUCCAACAACAAGAGAAUAAGCUCAAGGUUUUCCCAGUAUUAGUUCUGUACGGGAGA